AUGCUGUGCAGUGUGGAUAGCAUCGCAAUUUCUGUGUGUGGGGCAACCAACAAGUGCAUGAAUGAGUCUGUCACGCGCUGCGCCAGGCAGGGAUCAUGUAGUGUUGUAGCCGUUGCUUCGCUUCUCUGCGUGUUUGUUUGGGCAAUGUUAUCUCUCCACAUGAGAUUCUGCCUUUGUGCUUGGCCAAGGGGAGAAAUUGAGCCAUGUGCUGUCAUUCACCUGGCAAUCAAAUGCCCAACCACCCACAGGGCUGCUUGUCCCUGGGAUUUUUCAGGAAAAAUCCGGCCGCCUUCCAAAACUGCAGUGCACUGCUAA